AUGGACGUCAGUGUCUCCGUCUCGUUCUUUCAAAACGAGCUCGCCUCUAUCAUCGAGGAUACACUGAAAGCGGCUGCUGACACCGUCUUGUGGGAAAUUACAAAAGUUGUCGGCAGCAAAUUCACUGAAUUCCGAAUGGAAAUGGCUGGAAAGGAGAAAGAGAAUGAAAGUCUGAAGCUGAGAUUGGAAAUAUCAGAGAGCGAGUUGAAAGCAGUGCGGGAAUGCAUGAACGCUGCAGAUGCAGACAUUAAACAACCUCUCAGAAACAUGAACCCCGACUGCAAUGAACAAGACUUUCAGAGGAAUGAGAACCAGGGAUUAUUCACCAGAGUUAAAGAUUCUGGAGACAGACCUGCUUUCAGUGAAGCAGAGGAGGGGCCAGUGAUGGAAGCUGUUUACACACAAGAGGAAAUCUGUGAUCAGGAGUGGUGUGGAAGAAUAAUGGAGAUUACAGACCUGACAAUUGUAGAAAGUAAAGAGAUCCCUGAACUUGAACCUGUCCACAUUAAAGAGGAGGCCGUAGAGCUGGAGUGUGAUCACAUCACAGAGGAAGUUAGUAAAGAAAAUAAAGUCAGUAUACUGGAGAAUAUAGUUAAGAUGGAAUCUAGCCGCUGUGAUGACAAUCCACCUGAAUUGGUCUGCAUGAAACCCAAUCAGCCUGUCUCUGAAGACACUGGUUCUAGUGUUGGAGAAGAGGGCACUGUGCUGGGGUCCAUUCAGAGGAAACAUCACCCCCCUCAGGAAAGAGCUGCAGAUGGAAAGGAGGAAGGAGCGAUGCCGUCCACGAGCAGCACAGCCUCAGAUGAAGGAGAACACGACUCCAUUCCAUCACCCCGCUGUACAAACUCCUCCAGCGGCAAACUUCAAUGCAAGAAACGCAGAGAGACGGCACCUCAAGAAGAAAAUGUGAACAGAUCGAGAGCUCAGAUUCCUUCUGUACAAGACAGACAACCACUGACUCUUGAGAGUGCAGAGACUGCACAUUUCUAUCAGUUAGGCUCUCCUAAAACUCUGAAUGGAAGUCGCACAGGACGGACUCCAUUUCCCUGUGCUGAUUGUGGGAGAAGAUUCAAUUGUUUGUCACAGCUGAUAAUCCACCAGUGCAUUCACAUAGAAGAGAAACCGCAUCACUGCGCUCAGUGUGGGAAGAGAUUCAGUCGUUUGUCACACCUUAAAAGACACCAGCGCAGUCACACAGGAGAGAAACCUCAUCACUGUAAUGAUUGUGGGAAGCGUUUCACUGAAUUCGGAUGUCUUAAAAGACACGAACGAAUUCACACAGGCGAGAAACCAUAUCGCUGUAAUGCUUGUGGGAAGAGCUUCACUGAAUCAGGAAAUCUUAGAAAACACCAACGAAUUCACUUGAGAGAAACCGUGCUGUAGUUGUAUGUGUGGUACAGCUGUAUAGUAUUUUGUUUGACUAUUUUUGUAAAUAAGUUUAGAAUUGUUUUAUGUUCUGCCCUUUAUAUUAAUAAAGGUGAAGGGUGAGAAAUUAGGUAUUUUUUGAGUGUGUGAGUUAAGUGUACCAUACCACGUGAAUGUUGAAGUUCUGUAUGAGUCACUGACAGUUCGCCAUUUCCUGUCUGCAUUACCACAGUAACUAAUGCCUGUACUGCUUUAUUUCAUCAAAAAAUACUUUUGCACAUCCCUCCAAGUUACACAGGAAGGCAACCAUACAAUAUAUUGGAUUCACAUUGCAUAGCUUAGAAUUCUAAUGUUGUUUAUAUGCUUGUAAUGGUAUUUGUUGUCUACAUGCAGCAUGUGUCGGUGAUACUCGAUGUAGGUUUCUGAAGUAUUGCUCAUAUCAAGUAGUAUCAGAACUAUCUAGCUUCUGAAUAAACUUUUUUUUUUUUGUCAAGUAGUCUUUUUCCUUGUUAACACUAGAAUCGCCACGGCAGUCAUUUUGACAGUUUGCGGUUUUCAAAUUUAAAUUACUUUGCGUGUCUGAAAGUUAUGCAGUUGUCUGUUUAUGACUUUAACUAAAUACAUGCAUUAAAUACCCUGACAGCGUUUGAAAGGCAGGAUCGCAAAAAUAAGGAAGUUAUAAUCCCGCCCACCUAGAACUUCAAAAGCAGUCAUUGUGACUGCCUUUUACAAUACAUGUUUUUAUUUUGAAUGUAACCUAUAAUAUUCUAUUUUAUUUUCAUAUACAAGCCUGUUGUUAUCUCAGCUGGAUCUGGCAGACAUCAAUUCCUUUGUUUUGUACAAGGAAUGCACCGGGGAAAAUAUCAGUAGGAGAGAUUUCAUCUUGAAGCUAGCCACAGAGCUUCGGCAGAAACAUUUUCAUCAGAAGUAGCGGGCUGUAGCAGCUCAGCCUGGAUUCAGUGCUGCACCGACUAACACACAGGAGAAAACAUGUGUUACUUCAGUUUUAAAUUUCAAAAAAUAGUUUUUACAGUUUUGUGUGUACAAAUACCUGUGUACACCUGUUUACACACUAGUUUCUUUUGAAAUGUUUAUACAUACAGUACUGUGCAAAAGUUUUAGGCAGGUGUGAAAAAAUGCUGUAAAGUAAGAAUGCUUUCAAAAAUAGACAUGUUAAUAGAUUAUAUUUAUCAAUUAACUAAUUAGAAUUUAUGCUGUUUUGAAGGCAAAGGGUGGUCACACCAAAUAUUGAUUUGAUGUAGAUUUUUCUUCUGUUCACUCACUUUGCAUUUUGUUAAUUGAUAAAUAUAAACUAUUAACAUGUAUAUUUUUGAAAGCAUUCUUACUUUACAGCAUUUUUUACACACCUGCCUAAAACUUUUGCACAGUACUGUAUAUAUAUAUAUAUAGUUUUUCAUUUUUUGAAGUAGUGCUUUAUAUAUGGAACGUUAGAAAAUAAACCCUUUUAUGUUUAAUUGUUCAUGUAAAUACAGUGUUUCGGCUGUGCCGAUGUUUGAUAUGACGUGCUUGAAUAAAACUUUUGUUUGUA